AAAAAUUAAAAAAAAAACGACCAAUUUCUUAUUUGAUUUUAAUCACUUUGAUUUUCACAAUUUCAAGCAACAAUUAGUCUAACUCCAUCUUAUUCAUUUCUUUUCUUUUUCUUUUUCUAUGUCAAUCCAUAACAAUAAAAUAAAUCUACAGGUAUAAAUACCUCAACCUUUUGCACCCUUUAAUUUUUUCUUUUCUUUUCUUUUCUUUUUUUUUUCAUUAUAAAUUUAUUCUAUCUCAUGCCCUUUUUUCUUGUUUUGCAUUUCAGCAUUUACAAAUACAGAGUGCUUUUUCUUUAAUAAUCCUUCACACAUUACAUAUUUCUGCUCAUACUCUUAAUUUUCACAUAAUAAACCUUUGAAACACCAUGACAGUUUCUGGUGUUUUGUAUGAUUGCUUUAUCCCUUUACCUCCAAAGGUGGUAAAGGAAACUGCUCAUCAUAAUAAUUAUGACAUCAAACUGGAUGAAAAAACUAAAAACCAAGUCACCACCGACACUGAAAGUGAGGUUGUUGAAUAUCAUACUACAAAGAGAAAACUUAAGAGGAGAAUGAUUUAUUUAAUUGCCUUUUCUGGUGUUAUUGGAACUGCUAUUUUCAUCUCUCUACAAAAUGGGUUGUAUAAAGGUGGUCCAUUAUCUUUAUUAUUAGGUUUCAUGAUCUGGAUCAUACCAAUUUUUGCUAUAACAGCCACUGUUGCCGAAAUGGUUACCUAUUUACCUAUUGCUUCUCCUUUUAUCACUUUAGCUGGUAGAUGCUGUGAUGAUGCUUUUGAAAUCAUGGCCGGUUGGAAUUUCUGGUUUUUGGAAGCCGCUUUAAUUCCUUAUGAAGUGGUUGGUGUUAACACUAUUAUUCACUUUUGGAGAAACGAUUACUCUGCUGCUAUUCCAUUAGUUAUCCAAGUCUUUCUUUAUUUUUGCAUCAAUGUUUUUGCUGUUUCAUUUUAUGGAGAAAUUGAAUUUUGGCUUUCAAUCGGUAAAAUUAUUUUGGCCAUCGGUUUAAUGGUUUUCACUUUUGUUACAAUGGUUGGUGGAAACCCUCAAAGAGAUGUUUACGGUUUUAGAAAUUGGACCAUUCCUGGACCAAUGAAUGAAUAUAUUUCAACUGGAGAUUGGGGUCGAUUUUUAGGUUUUUUUUCUUGUUUGAUCCAAGCUUGUUUUACAGUUGCUGGCCCAGAAUAUGUUGCAAUGACAGCAGCUGAAGCCAUCAAUCCAAGAGUCAACAUGAAGACUGCUUUCAAGACUGUUUUUUAUAGAUUGGCUAUUAUUUUUGUUGGUAUUGUUCUUUGUACUGGUAUUGUUUGUUCAUCAAGAGACCCAUCAUUAAUUGAUGCUAUUACCAAUGGCAGGCCAGGUGCUGGCGCUUCAGCCUUUGUUAUUGCCAUGAAUAACAUGAAAAUCAGUACAUUGCCUGAUAUUGUUAAUGCUGCUUUAAUUACAUCUGCUUUUUCAUCGGGUAAUUCUUAUACUUAUUGUUCAUCAAGAACUCUUUAUGGGUUGGCAAAAGUUGGACAUGCACCAAAAAUCUUUGCAUAUUGCACAAAAACCGGUGUUCCAAUGUAUGCAGUCUUGGUUUCGUUAGCAUGGUCAUUUUUAUCAUUUUUGCAAUUGGGCAAUAGUUCAGCUAAAGUAUUAAAUUGGAUUGUUAAUCUUAUUACAACAUCUCAAUUAAUUAAUUAUUGUGUUUCAUGUACCACAUACAUUUUUUUCUUUAAAGCCAUGAAAGUCCAAGGUAUUGAUAGAAGAACAUUACCAUAUAGAGGGUAUUUCCAACCAUAUACAGCCAUGUUUGGAUUGACUUGUGCAUUUAUCAUGGUUUUUCUUUCAGGUUAUACAGUGUUUUUGCCAGGGUGGUGGAAUGUUGAAACGUUUUUAUUUUCGUAUAUUAUGAUUUUUAUUGAUAUUUCUAUCUUUAUUGGAUGGAAAUUGUUGAAGAGAACCAAAUGGAAAAAGAGUGAAGAAGUUGAUUUAACAACAGGAUUGGAUGAAAUUGAAGAAUAUGAAAAGGAAUAUUAUGCGUUGCUUGAUGAGAGAAAAAGAAAUGCACCACCAAAAAAACCAUUUUGUUGGUAUAACCCAUUGGCAUACUUUAAAAGAUUAUUUCGCUGGUUUUCUGAAGAUUAAUCUAGCUAGUUUUUAUUUUAUUUUAUUUUAUUUUUUUAUUUUCUUACGACAAU